AAUAUGUCAAACGUCAAAACAAAAAAGAAAAUCCUCGAAUUUUCGAAGUAUCGGUCGAUGAAAUCUGCAUGGAAAAAAAACUUUUGUUGGGAAAUUAUCACAGGAGGGUACAAAACGAGGUGCAAAACUGUGGGCUAUUCACGACAAUGAACAAAGAAACUUUAGUCCACUAUCGGCCGGAUCGAGAGAUUCGUAAAACUGUCGUGAAACCGGGCGACUACACCAUGGUGGCCUAUGAAGACUCUCGUUGUAAGAUUAGAAUAUGGCAUGUGAAAAGCGAAAAUCAAGCCGGGCCGUGUGAAAUAGAGCCGGAAUGUCGUAUAUUCAACUCUCCGUUCGACGGGAACGUUAUUAUUGGUGACAUGGAUUCCUAUAUUGACAAAGAUGUUGAGUUGAUUUUGCAGCAAAUGUGUUUGGGGGAAAUUUGUGACGCGCGUCUGAUUUACAAGAAUGUGUUCGGUGAUCUGAUGAUGGAGAUAUCGUGUAGGAUAGAGCUGCUGGAUCUGACUGAAGAGCAAUUGAUAAGUGACUGGAGUUGGGCGAGAUUAUUCGAGUCAGCUGUACAUCAUAAGGAGCGUGGGGUGCAACUAGUAAAGGACAAGAGAAUAGUGGAUGGGUUUAGGCGGUUCUCUAAAGCUUUGAAGAUGUUGGUGGCUAUAGAGCCUGUUGACCGAGUCACUGCUGAUGCGGAGAGAACUAAAGAGUUGCUUAAUAUGAGGAUAAAACUUUACAACAACAUGGCACAUUGUCAACUACAGUUUGACGAGUUUGGUGCAACUUUGGACCUCUGCAGCCGGACUUUAAAACUGGAUCAUAACAAUAUCAAGGCUUUAUAUCGACAAAGCAUUGCUUACACAGGCCUCGCUAUGUACGAGGAGGCCUGGGGUGACAUACAGAGGGCCCUAGAGAUAGAUCCUACUGAUAAGGCCUCAAUAGCAAAGGCUAAAGAAUUAAGGCCUCACAUAGAAAAGAUUAAUAAGGACUAUUCGACUGUCAUUAAGAAAAUGUUUGGUUAAGUUUAUGUUAUAAAUGUAAUAAAUAGUUUUAUUUUUAUUUUUAUGUUACAAAUUAAAAGGUCUAUUCAGAUGUAGGAGGUAUAAAUAAAAUAUAGAUGUUAAAAAUUUUUUAACACAAAGUACACACAUCUCUACUAUUCCAUAUGAAUUUGGCUGUAAGUUACUGGGUCAAAGCCAUGUGAUGUGAGCCAGGCAUGCGAUAGCCAGAUCUCUGUCAUUUUAAUUUAGUUGAAAAUUUGUCUUAUCAUAGUUUACUACAGUAGGUCACAACAACAUUAAUUACUAUAUGAUUGAUGAGAUCCUUAAGGCAAAGAAAAAAUAGUAAGAAGUUUUUUAUGUGUCAUAUGUCUGAAUAGAUCAUAAUAUAAACUUAAUUUUACAAUUAUGAUAAAACUUACUACAUUAAUUUCUUUUUGUUUAAAAAUUAAUAGAUCUUAAAUGAAAAUAAAAAUUACAGGAUCAGUUAAUGCUCGAUACUAAAGAGAAUCGGGCCUCUAUUGGAAAUUUAUUGUGAGCUUUAAAGUUCUAUUUAAAAUAUAUUUGUAAGCUCUCGAUUAAUAUAACUUAUUGCCCUAAUACUGACUACACAUGUUGGUCCUAAUAUCAGAUUCAUCUAUGAUAUUAGCCAAUGUGCUAUUAUGUUGGGGCCAACGUGUGUAGCCUGUGCAAGGUAUAUGAAUAAGCGAAUGUCUGUGUAAUUGAAAUUUUAGUUUUUAAACAUUUUCCAUGUAAUUUCAAAUAUUAUUAAAAGUUCAGACCUUGAUUAGUCCCUACAAUAGCCCAAUAUAUGAAACAACUCUCGAAAAUUUAUUUUGAGACAGCCGCCACCCACCCCAAACAAGAAGUGGUUGAGAUUUGCUUCUACAUCCCGAUUCCAACACUAAUUGUAGAUCUAGACACCGAAAAACAGUCUUUACGAUCUGUUAUUAUGUUGUAUAGCUUGUAAACAAUACAGCAACAACAAACACAGCAACUUAAACUAAAAACUUUUUUUUAACUCGCAUUCUCGGGGGCGCCCGGAUUGAUACACUCAGGCAAAACACCAUUCUGGAACGGCUCUCUAAACCGAGGACCGAGUCCCAGAGGAGCCCUUAGCGAGUACUUUCUCUUAACUCUCCUGCUUCUGCCUUUCCCCAUCAGGCGGUGCUUCUGCGCUCGCUAAACCCUCCGUUGACGCCGCUAAAGUCAAAUUAAAUUAACCUACGGCACUUACACAAUGAAAAGAAAAUAAAGCUUGGUCAUAUUGCUUCUUCCUUUCAAAACUAAAUUAUCAUUCUGAUUUCUGAAACAGAUUGACUGUAACAAAGAUGUUUGUGUGAGAUCUGUUUAAUGCGCACAUACAAAUUAUGGAAUGAGCAAAGUUACAGGAUUGUCGGGGCAGGAUAUUUUGAAUUGAGGAACGAGACUUGUUAGAUGUAUGUAUAUGUAAUAAAUUAUAUACAAUGUAGAAUGUUCCUCCAAUUAUUAAGUACAUAACAAUCAUAUUUACGAAAUUAUGUUUCUAUGAUCAAUUCUUGUGCAGCAGCGAAAUGCAAAUUAAUUUAUGCGAAAAAAAGUAUAAUUAUUAAGCAAUGAUAAUGAGAUUUCGUUUUUUAAAUCUGGAUUAAUAAUAGUUAGGUAAUAGUUGUGAAUGUUGUGUUUAAUACAUAGUAGUUAUAUAAUGUAGGUACUUCUAUACUUAUUGCAAGUAACUAAAAUAAUGAAGGUUAAAAUACCUAUAAAUAUGGUUUGUAACUACUGACAUAGGUUGCCCGCGACUUUGUCCGUGAGGAAAUCUGUUUACAUAUUCAAUGUAAUAUAUAUAUAAUAAAUAUAUGUGUACGAUUUAAUUAUAUAUAAGUUGUAUCUAUCUAUAUAAAUCUAUGUGAAAUGUACCUAUAUGAAAGAAUAUUGAAUAUUGAAAAUUAUAUGCAACUUCCUAAGUUGCUUUUCCACUACAAAUACUCGUAAUAUAAUACGAAAGUAUUAUAUUAUAUAAGAUAGAUUGUUUUUGUUUCAUUUUGAAAGAGCAUUAGCAAAUCAGAUUGUUUUUGUUUCAUUUUGGAAGAGCAUUAGCAAAGAUGUUAAUGAAUUAUCGUAGUCUGUGAGAAGUUACUUAUCAACGGCUUUAUGGUAAACGGGUUUCUAUGUCACAUCUCUGGAUCACUCUAAACAAUGAGUUGUUGUGGCGACGUUCCUUUAUUUGGCACACACAAACAAGUUUAUUCUGUAACCUCGCUAAUACGUACAAAAUCCCAACUGUCUUCCUACAACACGUUAUAACCUAUUCUAUAAGAGUAUCUAUGGUUUUAACCUUCUAAUGGCAUUGCGAUACAAACUCAAUAAAUGCCCACCAUACAUAUCUAUGGUAAGAGCAUGGGCUGACAAACCUAAAGUUUUAACAGAAGAGGUAGGUCUGGUUGUUACAUACUCUAUCGUCAGAUAGAGAUGAUGAACGUAUUUUUAUGUACAGUUAAAUUAUUUUUAAAAAUAUGAAAGUUUAUCAAGAAUGCUACAUAUUCGCACUAACCAUCAUCAAUGUUAUCUCAAGCUGACCUUUAUUAUUAAAAAAAAAAGAAAACGAAGAUUCUGUUGCUAUGGUUACUCGUAACACCCGAAAUGUGUCACUGCAUAGAUUUCAACUUACCGUAGAUACGUCGAUAACACGCGAGUAUUCUUAGAAAUGUUUGAAGAAAAUCGGUUGAGCCAUUUAAAAGUUCUGGGAUGUGAAAGUGGGGAAGAACAACCGAAUAAACUCGAAUGGAGUCUCAAAUGAAAGCACACUGAAAUAGAAUAUUGAUGACCUGAUUGAGAAUGUUCAAAAUUUUCAAUUUCAUGUUCGUUUGAAUUUUUUUCUUUCAUUCUUAAAUGUGAUUAAAAAAAAAUGUUGUUUUACCAUGUAGAUAACUUAGCUUCUAAAAUAGAAACCUUCCUAUAACACGAACGGUUGAGCCGGUUUGUAAAUAAAUAUGUGAAUAAUAAACGUGAAUUCCAAGUGAAA